AUGCGCUUCCACUACACCCCACUAUCCCUGCUCCCACUCCUCUCCCUCGCAACCGCCCAACAACCCACCACCACCGACUCCCCAACACCAACAGGAACAGCCACCCUCGAACCAUCCUGGUCGUGGAUCCGCGCCGUCGAAACCCCCUACUACCACAGCUACCUGCAAAGUCAGCCAACGCAAGCCGCAGGGGCAGCCCACCUCGCGAAGAACACGAACGCAGGCCAAUUCAACGUCAUCGACGGCCAGCUGGUCUACAACACCGGCGCCGACAAGAAGCCGCUGUACAUGAACGUGGAGCAUCGUGCGGACGACGAGCAGCGCCAGCUGCAGACGUGGUUCAACGCGACGAAGAACGAGUACGGCGCGUUUGCGUUCCAGGGCGAUGCGCUGACGUGGGAGGCGGAUGACUUUGAGAGGCCGAAUACGGCGGCUUGGUAUGUGUGCCAGGAGGAUAAGGUGUUUGUGAACACGGGGGCGUAUCUGGAUAAGACGCCGGAGGGAUGUUCGGAUCAGACGAUUCAUUCGUAUGGGGGUCCGGUAGCUGACGUUUGA